GGUAAACCGUGUGAGCAGACUGACUUAUGUGAGCGCAUAGAUUGUAUUAGGAAGAAGUGGGGAGUAAAUAGACGGCAGGGGUCGAAUGUUGGCUGGAAUGCGGUAAUUAAUGGGUCCGCCUGGCUCUCGGGGUCACUUCUGAAUGACAUGAAGAGUAAAUCGGAACAAGGAGAGGUUGACACAUAUUGCACUGUUGACAAAGACGGCGCCCACUGGGAGGAGGGCGCUGCCGGCGAAGCUAACAGAACUGCAUGCAAGAUGAUUGCGGCAGGUUUAAAGAACAUUUCGAGUAUUCAGUUGAACUAUAAGAAUGUACCGGGGGCGAAUGAUAAUAAUGAAAACCCCUUCGAUCACCAGGAAUUUAGGCAACUCGCCUCUUGCUUAUUGUUGAAAGAGGUUGCAAAGAAAAUGAUAAAACAGAGCCCCAUUUGCGACAUAAGCAAAGGGAUAGAGAGGGCAUUCCAAUCUGCGGGCACCAUGAAAACCCAACAUUGCAUAAAAGAACCAUGUUUCGUGUGUAAUUGGGAGGAUAAGGAAAAAUAUGGUCAUUGCAAAAAGGAUAACGGCCCGACUGAAAUGAAGACCCACUUAGAGACAUGGCUCCAGAAGAAAAGCAAGGAACUUAAGGACGCUCUCUCCAAAAUAACUGAUAUCGACGGAAACAAGGGCACUCUAUGCAGAAGAUUACAAUGUUUAUCAUCAAAAGUAGAAGCACUUAAAGGACAACAGGGACAACCCCAAUACAAUGCGGAAAACUUCUGGAAGAAGGAUGAUGGCGAAGUCGCCACAUUAUGGAAAGAAUUGGCAGAUGCCAUGAAGAAGAGUAAUGGAGCAGGGAACAGCGAUUGCAAUCAAAUGGAUGAUGGCACUCCCAAUGGUCAGAGGGAUGCCACUAACCCUGAAAAGAAGGCAUGCAACUAUUUGCAUGCCGGUCUAAAGAAACUGUACGAAGAUACGGCGUCGACGGGGUCGACGCCGUCCGUAGCCAACGACAAAAUCUUGGAUAAGAACCCACUGUUGAGACAAACAGUGGGUUGUUUAUUACUUAAUGCUUAUGCAAAGAAAAUGAAAGGCGAAGCUAAAUGUUUAGUUGAAUCAGGAAUAAAGAAGGCUUUCGGAACUUAUAGCAGAGGUCUAAUUACUAAUGGUAGUUGCAAUGUCACGGAACCAUGUGUUCCGUGUCAUUGGCAAGAAAACAUCCUUGAAAGUUGCGAAAUUAACGUCAAUGGCAAGAAGGAGAAUGCAAAAGACAAAUUAACACAAGUUCAGGACAAAAUUACCGAAACCUCCACUGAGACCCUAACGAAAAUAAAUGAAAUGAAGAACUUAUGCGAUUACAUUAAAUGUGCCGCACCUAAUUGGUUCAAAAGCAAACUGCCCACAACCGCGAAUGGAGUUGGCGUUAGUAGUACUACUCCCACCACGACUUGGUGUGACUUUUGGGGGGAUAAAGGCGUCAAAACAACACUGACGAAGAUGUUCACAGAAAUUCGGACGAAUGGAACAAGAAACAAUAUUGCUGUAUGCACCAUUUUUGGUGAUGGAAAUCCACAAAGUGUUGAAAGAAAAGCAUGUAAUCAUAUCGCGGCUGGUUUAAAAUACAUUAAGGACAUUAAUCCCAGUGCUACUGCCAAUCAGAACCCGUAUGAUGAUGAGAAGUUUUUUAAACAAAUUGUGAUGUGCGCAGCUCUUAACCUUUACGCAGAUAAAAUAAAAGCACAAACGGCCACAAGUUGUCCCAUUGAUGAAACAAGAAUAAAACAAAUGUUCCAGGAUUCGAAUACAAAUAUAAAUUCUUCUUGUGUGACCUUUGGUAGUAGUAAUAAAGGUUGUUUUCUUUGCUCAAGGCAAAACUCAGAAUUUAAUAAUUGCAAACUAAGUGUUGCAGAAACUUUGAUUAAAAAAACAUCACCGCCAACUGGAAAUUGCAAUACUGAUGCAAAAGACGCAGUCAAAGUCCAAGAUCAAAUGAACCAACUCCUCACACAGGAAUCCCAAAUGCAAACAACAUUAGAGAAAAUAAAUGAAAUGAACGAUUUCUGUACUCAACUUCAGUGUGCAGUAAAACAAUACGGCAAAAAAUCGUUAAGUAAAACAAAUGGACAAACAACAUCUUGGGAUGAAAUAAAGAGUGUUGUUGAGAACGAAUUAAAGGAACUUCUAAAGGAUAUUACGAAUGAAGAGAAAUGGGAAGACGUUGCCGCAGAUUGCGGCAAGGUCGGUUUGUCAGAAGACAACGACGGAGAAAUAACUGCUAAGAAAAAAGCUUGUAAGCUUUUUGCUUUAGGUUUAAAACACAUUUCUGAAAUUAAUAACAAAAACAACCAAGAGCAUGCUGUACCACUUAAAAAAACUAUGAUGUGCGCAGCACUUAAUCUUUAUGCUGAUCAAUUAAUAGACAGAGCAAAAGAACAAUGUCCUCUCGAUAAAAACAAAAUGGAACAGGCAAUAGAUCACGCUUUUAGUAAAAGUAGUAACAUUAUGGGGAUUGGAACAUCUUCAUGCGGAGUUGGUGCUAAUGGUGUCAGUUCUUGUUUUGAAUGCACAAGACAAAAAACUUUUCCCCCUUGCAAAAUUGGCAAGGAAGAAAUAAAGGACAAUAUGGACAACUUACUCAAACAACAUGACGAAACCAACUCCAAACCCAAAUCCACCACCCCUAACAUGGACAAAACACUAGACAAAAUUAAUAGUAAGGACACCUUUUGUACUGAACUCCAAUGCGCUAUGAAACAAUACCACAGAAAUAAAAACAAAAAUGGGGCAGAACCUGUAUCUUGGGAUGCCUUGAAGACUGACAUCGGAAAGGAAUUAAAUGAACUUUUAGAAUAUAUGACGAAUUCUGAGAAGCAGAAAACAGUUAUGGAAUACUGCAAAGACUACCAGUGGGACACUUUAGGCCAUAAACAAAGCAAAACAAAUAAAGCAGCUUGUUUGCUUUUUGCUUCAGGAUUAAAACACAUUUAUAACCAACAUAAUGGCAGUGUUAAGGGCCAGGUUAAGGGCCCAUCGUUUGGACAAACGAUGGGUUGUUUAUUUCUUAAGGAAUAUACAAAACAAUUAAAAGAAAUGGCAAAAGUGAAGAAACAAGGAAAUAGUUGGGUACAUCCUCUUUGUGACAUAGAUGAGGGCAUAAACCAUGCUUUCAAUCAAAGUAAAGACAUUAUGAAGAGUGUAUUAUCUGAAUGCAGCAGUGGUCCUAAUGCUAUUUCUUGUUUUGAAUGCAAAUUGGACAAAAACGAUUAUGAUAAUUGCAAAAUUGGCAAUGACGAAGUACAGGAGCAAGUUAAACCAUUGCUCGAAAAGAAGAGCGACUCAAUGCAAGAAACAUUAGAGAAUACAGUCUGUCCCAUCCUUCUUACGGAUCUUCUUACCCCCUUUCUUCCUUUGGCUCCUGUCUCUAUUGGCCUUUCUGCUAUGGCUUAUUACCUUUGGAAGUAUUUUGGUCCUCUUGGUAAAGGAGGAGCACGUUUCAGAAGAUCUCCUGCUGAAAUUCCUGGUUCAUCCGUACAAGAACAAGUCCUUGAUCAUGUGCAGCAAGAUAGUUCACAUGAAUAUCGAUUGGUGAAGGAACGAAAACCUCGUUCUGCUCCAACAAGAACAAAACGUUCUGGUCGCGUGAAUCGUCGAACGAUUAUUGAAAUUCAUUUUGAAGUGUUGGAUGAAUGUCAAAAAGGGGACACACAAUUGAACCAGAAGGAUUUUCUGGAACUUUUGGUUCAAGAGUUCAUGGGAUCCGAAUUAAUGGAAGAAGAACAGGUUCCUAAGGAAGACGUUCUUAUGGAACCUGUUCCUAUGGAACUUGUUCCUAUAGAAGAGGUUCCAAUGGAACGUGUUCCAAAUUUAGGUUCCGGGUUUAUGGUUUAG